CUAAAAGAAAAGUGCUUCUCUCUUUCUUAUGUUAACCCUGCUUCAUAGAAUCACCAUAGGUUUCUCGGCAGACAGUACACACACAAAUCUUUGAUUCUGAUUUAGGGUUUCAUUUUCUUCUUCUUCUUCUUCUCCAUUCGUCAUGUAUAGAGCUACAGCUUCUUCACUCAAACGCCAUCUCAAGGGUGGUGUUCUUGGCAACUUGGGAGCAACUAGAUUUGCAACUUCGAGUGCUAUUGCUGCAAAGGUUUCCUCUGGUGGUUUGUUUAGCUGGCUUACCGGGGAGCGCUCUAGUUCACUUCCCCCUCUUGAUACACCAAUUAGUUCUUUUGUUCUUCCUGAUACCCUACCAGAUUAUAUUGAACCAAGCAAGACUAAGAUCACAACUCUUUCCAAUGGACUCAAAAUAGCAUCAGAGACUUCGUCGAACCCUGCAGCCUCAAUUGGGUUAUAUCUCGAUUGUGGUUCUAUCUAUGAGACGCCAUUGACAAGCGGGGCUUCACACUUGCUAGAGAGAAUGGCUUUCAAGAGCACGGUUAACCGUAGUCACUUUCGUAUUGUAAGGGAAAUAGAAGCAAUUGGUGGUAAUAUAGGAGCCUCGGCCUCUCGAGAACAAAUGGGUUACACAUUUGAUGCUUUAAAGACCUAUGUUCCACAAAUGAUUGAAUUACUGGUUGACUGUGUAAGGAACCCGGCCUUCUUGGACUGGGAGGUCAAUGAAGAGCUUCGAAAGGUGAAAGCAGAGCUAGGAGAACUGAAAAACAAUCCACUGGGUUUGCUUUUGGAAGCAAUUCACUCUACUGGAUAUUCUGGUGCAUUGGCUUAUCCUCUUUUGGCUCCUGAAGAAGCACUGAACAGACUAGAUGGCCCCAGUUUAGAGGAAUUUGUUGCUGAAAAUUACACAGCUCCUAGAAUGGUACUUGCUGCAUCUGGUGUAGAUCAUGAAGAGUUUCUAUCUGUUGCUGAGCCUCUUCUCGCUGACCUACCAAGUGUUCCCCGUUCCGAAGAACCAAAAUCUACCUAUGUUGGAGGUGAUUUCCGUCGCCACGGUGAAGAAGGGGCUACACAUGUUGCUAUUGCUUUUGAAGUUCCUGGUGGCUGGCAAAAGGAGAAAGAUGCUAUAGUUUUGACUGUUCUACAGAUGCUUAUGGGUGGAGGUGGUUCAUUCUCAGCUGGGGGCCCCGGUAAAGGGAUGCACUCAAGGCUAUUUCUUCGCGUGUUGAAUGAAUAUCAGCAGAUUCAAUCCUUUUCUGCAUUCAACAGUAUCUUCAACAAUACAGGACUAUUCGGCAUUUAUGCAAGCACUAGCUCUGAUUUUGCACCAAAAGCUGUGGAAUUAGCAGCCAAAGAACUUAUUGCAAUUGCAACGCCUGAAAAAGUUCCAGAGGUACAGCUUGACCGUGCCAAGAAAUCCACAAAAACUGCAGUUCUUAUGAAUUUGGAAUCUAGAAUGAUUGCCUCAGAAGAUAUAGGAAGGCAGAUUUUGACUUACGGAGAAAGGAAGCCUGUGGAAGAGUUCCUGAAGGCUGUAGAUGAAAUCACUUUGGAUGAUAUCACUAAAAUAUCUCAAAGGAUUAUUUCCUCACCUUUGACUAUGGCAUCAUAUGGAGAUGUUAUAAAUGUGCCGAGUUAUGAAAAUGUGAGCAGCAUGUUCCAUGCUAAAUGAACAAUAUGACAGUGUUUUCUGGAUCAGAUACAUGCAUACUUCAAAUUUUCAAGAGAAAUGCUGAAAAUAAAUCCAGAGAAAUUUUUGUGCGGAUAAGAGGAAACCAUUAUUGAGGUUCCAUGGUUGACUUAUGCAUAUGCCAAUUUUUGUUUGUUUUUGAGUGAAUUUUCUCUCAUUUCUUUGCUUAACAGAGCGCAUAAGCGAUUAACUAAUCUGUUUUUGACGAUCUCUCUUUUACUAAUCUGUAGCCCGUGUAAUACUCGGGAUUCAAUUUUUGAAGAUUUCUGAUGUCGUCGAAUGAUUGUGUGCGAGUGUUAAAGUACAUAAUGCUAUUCAACAAUUGCACUUGUUUGAAGAAUUUUGUUUGGUUCA